AUGACUGCAUACAUCGGAGCCGAGGAAUUGCUGCUGCGAACGAAAAGGGUUAUCGAUCCAUUCAACCGGAUAGGAUGUAAUAUCGAGCCAACCCUUACUGUGAUUGAGUUCUGCCAGUUCCAAGGACCACGAGCGUUGGCGACUGUUUCGCUGAAACCGGCGCUUAAACGUCCAAUUUGCGUCGCUGUUCUGACUUCUAAGCGGCUAACACAUUCUCAGCUAUCACGUUUUUCAAAUGGCGUGCGAAGGCUGGUGUCUCCUUUAAUCAAGUGUAACCGUCGACUAUUUUUGAGGCAGCUGGCUGAUUUCAUGAAGAUUUCCGACGCCGUGGGUAAGUCUUUGGCAGGCUCAGUAGGACUAAUCUAA